AUGUCGCAAUGUAUUGCUGCGGCACAUGCGAACGGCCACAUUCAUGGUCCCGGACACCUCCAAAUUUUCUUUUUCAAGCUUUGCAAGUUUCUACGAAGCCCAAUCACAUGGAUUUUCGUUUUUGACGGUCCGAAUCGCCCUACCAUCAAGCGGGGUAAGGUCGUAAAUGGCUCAACCACACCGUCGUGGGUUGGCCCAUGCAAAACCCUCAUUGAGUGCUUCGGAUUCCAUGUUCAUCAGGCAAGUGCCGCACGUCUGGUUGAUGAGAUUCUUCUUGAACUGUAUCAGGCUCCUGGAGAGGCAGAAGCCAAGCUCGCAAAACUAAGCUCUCAAGGAAUUAUUGACCUAAUCUUUACUACAGAUGGCGAUGCCUUUGUAUUUGGAGGUUUAUGUGUGUUGCGAAGCACAUCCAUAAAAAAUAAAGCAACUGAAGACCUGGACGAGAUCAGCCUCUACACUGCAGACGCUAUUGAAGGAACUGAGGGGUUGACGCUUGGCGGACUCCUGCUGUUCACCUUGCUAAGUGGCGGUGAUUAUGCAGCAGGGUUGGAAGGUUGUGGGGAGCUCACCGCUCACGGGCUCGCCAAAUGUGGCUUUGGAGACGAGCUUCUCACAGCCUUAAACACCUUGGAUGAUGAAAAUCUAACUGAAUUUUUGGAAGCCUGGGUAGCCGGUAUCCGCGACGAACUGGUUUCAAAUAGCCAGGGCUUCCUUCCAUCACGUCGACCAGGACUUGCAGCUACCAUUCCUCCUGAAUUCCCCCCCUUGAACGUUAUCAAUUUUUACAUCCGACCUGAAACGAGCAAAUCAUUCCCAUUCAGCCUGGAUUGA